AUGUCAUACAAUAGCAGACCGAUCAAGCAAGAGUUGAAAGUUCAGCCUCGGACAGCUUUACAGAGCUCUCGCAAGCGUCAGCGAACCGAUGAAUUUGAUGGCGAAGCUUCAACCAUGACAAGCGCCGCGCCAACGGUCGAUGCCCAAGACAUCCCGGAUCUGUGGGCGACUCCUUUUGUGGUCUCAAAAGACACCUGGGCUGUAACAAGAUGUCUCGAAAUCCAUGGGCAUGGCAAAGCAUCAGCCAAAUGGACACCUGCACAUUUCGUGGCAAUUGCAAUGUGGUAUGGUGGCAUCAGGGCAGGCAUACAGGCUGCCAAAGCUAUUCGCGUAUUUGGGAUCUGGAGUCCUCACAUCGGAGACAAGCAUGACGAAUUGCCAUCGAUGCAAGUCAAGACUGGACCAAAACAGAUACUAAGCAAGAUCUGGCCUACCACCGAGUACGAACAGAAGCCAUUGCUUGAGCGAGCAAACCGACUCAGUCCCGAAAACCCAUUCACGAACUUUGACGAAGCUCACAACCAUCUUCUGGGUCUCUGCAUCGGGCCAGAUCUCGCCGACUUCCCAACAGUGAUGAGACCGAAGCUCCAGAAGAUUGACUGGACCCAUCUGAUCAGCCCGGCACAAUUUUGUCAGACUCUGGCGCCUAUCCUGCGCAACCACUUUGAUCUCAAAGUAGAUCUUGCAUCUGCUUCUAAAGCAGUUGUUGGCUAUGCGGUCGAUGAAUACUUACUCAAACCCUACACAAGCACUUCUGGUUCUGGACCCCUCACGAGGAACCAGACGGGUGGUCGCAGAACGUUUCGUCGGGGUCACAGCAGAGAAAAAGACCUGCUUCAAACAGACGACAACGAGGAUGAUGAAGAGAACUUUGAGGUGGGACCUAAUCGUGCAGCAGCUGUCAAGAGUGAAUCUGGCCACUCAGGCACAAACAGUAUGGAUACUAUUCGUCUGCGGCUUUUCGUACAACCUCAAAAGCGCUCUGGUGCGAAUCGUUCUCAUGUCAAGGACGAACAACAAGGGCACAACAUCAACCCUACGCGACGUGCACCCGCAAGUUCUACUGAAAAUGCUCAUCCUACUGCCGAAACUCAGGCUCCCGACUGUCAACUGUCUGCUUCUGGCCGUAAUAAUGAGACCGAGACCAAGAUCAGCGGACCAUCGCCUUUGGGCAACUCUUUCAACGAUGCAGCAGCGACAGCCGCGAAGCUGAAUCUUUCUGCUCCAAGAGAACCUCUAAAACUGUACAAGCAAGUCAUGAAUAUGCUGUAUGAGCAGACAUGCAACGUGCCCUCACAUCGAAUCCUCAGCUUCUCCAACAGUCACAAUCCUUCACCGAAACUGCCGCACUACUACUGGAAGGCAGUCUGGAAUCUCAGACAAGUGAGGAAGGAAUGGGUUUCGGGAUCGAAGGACCAGUUACCUUGGCCCGAUGUACCCAAGACAUUUGAUUAUCCUCGAAAUCAAUUCUGGGAGUUCCAGAAACAGCUGGAGGAAGAUCGCGAACGUUCUUCCAUGAAUGGCAGCUUGACUUAUACAGCUCGUUCGCCGUCGAAAAACUUUCCAACUUUCGACUUCGACAAGUUUUGGGCGCUUAGAGCAGUCAAAAUGGCAGCCAAACGUCCCCUUGGGUCGUCUCCGCUCACGCCGGAAAAGCUUGCGCUGUCUGCUAAGCGUGCGCGAUUCAGAAAUGCUUCCUCGCCUGAAGCUGUAGAUGCUCCUGCUUUCAACGACUUUGAUAUGCUCUCUGGAGAAGAUGCAGGCGCUGAAGCUGACCCUCUGACUGACGUUAUCGCGAACGACGAUUCCGAGUUCCAAAUCAGCCCAUCAUCUGCUGCACACGACCAUAGACUGGAGAAGGUUGAUGGACACACCGAUUCUUCUCCUCCUAAUCCUCAGAGCUCACCCAGCACCAGCAUUGCAGCAGUGAUCGAGUACGAAUCCGUCAAUGACCAGGUCCGUGCCCCAGUAGAGAAAGCUUCUACGACCAUCAGAGACAGAGCCGUAGGUACAUUGCUGAACGACUGGCCUGCCAAGGCAGGAGGCCUCACUGAGGACAUCUGCAAUCUCAAAGCCCUAAAACAAUUCAUGACUUCCAACAAAUUGAAUCAGGACCACAAGGCGAUGUGGGUUUCGCUGGUUCAGACAAUCAUCUAUGAGCCCGAUCGGAACUCUGUACUUGAUUUUCUUCAAAACACACUGUCUGGAGAUGCUACAUUACCCGACAGCUUGGAAGAUUGUUUCAGUGUGCCCCAUCAGGAUCUCGUCACCAUGCGGGAGUGGGCAGUCACUGGUUCUCUCAAAUGGUAUGGAGAUCAGAAGGAAAGAUGGUCUGCCGCACAUUUUGUGGACCUCGCACUUUGGGUAGGUGGUCCUGACGCAGGUAUCCAAGCUGCUCGAGCAUUGAGAAUUUUUGGAGUCUGGAAUCCAACCGGCAAUUUCAAUCCAGAUUUUGCAAUACGCUCUAUCGGCGAUUGUCUGGGAUACCAGGAUAUCCUGCGCAGCAUCUGGCCUGACAAACAUGAUGGUCAAAGGCUAAUAGCUUGGGCAAACCGCGACAGGUUUACAGCCGAACAGCAAUUCGUCAAGUUUGCGGACGCCCAUUCAUAUCUAUUGGGCCAGUGUAUCGGAGAUGAUCUCAAGCAGUUUCCUACCUUGGCUAGGAAUCCCGCUCGAGUUGGCGAGGUCAACAGCCGCAUCAUAUCACGAGCAUACUUUGACAGCACUCUUGCACCUAUCCUCCGUGAGCAUUUCGAUACCAACGUGGACCUUGAGCUGGCCUACGAAGCUGCGGUAGCUAGCCAGGGUGACUCGCUGGAUCGCAACCCUGUAAAGCAUGACGCUCCGGUCACAGAGCUCAGCCCGGCCAUUCCCGAGGAUCACUUCGCCGGGCAUCAGGGAAAAGGCAAGCGCAAACAGCCAUUCUACAGCAAAGGCCAAUAUGAUUACGAAGGAGACGAUAGUGAAGAUCACUACUUGAGACCCGCUGCGUCCGUCAAGAAAGAGCAUGAUAUCAAGGAAGAGUUCACGCCUGAUCAACACAGAGUCUCGCCACACGUCUGGGAUUCCGAAAUUACGAGACUUCCUCGAAGAGAAGUUUCAAGACUUCUACAAGCCGAGUAUGGUAUUCAUCGCUCGCCGACCUCCAUCGGUAGGAAAUGGACGAAACAAUGGCGCCAAUUACCAGAGUUCGUAGAACUGCUUGCACAAAUCAAGGCCAACAAUGACCAGGAAGACGAGUCAGAUGGCCCAGACGAGGCAGAAGACUCGGAAGGAGCAGAUGAGCCAGGUGAUGAGAGAGAUACAGACGACGCAGAUGAGUCAGAUGAUGCAAUUGAGGAGGCGGCAGAAGAAAGACCAGGUGAUGCGCCAGGAGAUGAAUCGAACGAGGUCGAAGACACUGCCCAAACUCCACCCGAGGAACCUGUCAACGAGCAGAGUCCAAUGCCACACAGACAGUCUCAGAACCACCAUGACCCCAACACUGGCAGAACAACUCGUGGGAUGACCAGAGCGAGAACAGAAGAACGAACCACCAAUGACCUAUACCAGCAAUCUCUGAGUAUUUCAGCCGAGAUCAUUGCCCAGUUCAUCAAUACCAGCCGCUCCAGCCCGUUGUUCACCCCCAAUUGGCAGGAAGUCUUGAACCACAGAGCUUCAAACGGCAUGACGGCUAUCGGUCUGGCAGAACAUCCACCUUAUCCUUCUAACAAUCCCCUCAUGGACUCGCAGACACCGUCUCACCUUCAUCAUACACACAGAUCUGUACAAGCUAUUCUCACCAACGAUCGGCUCAAGGAUAUUCAGAAAGACGUUGACAGACUCUUGAAGUUUGCACAGUCUUGA